AGUCUUUAUGUCUCCAGUCUUCAUGUCUCCAGUCUUCAAGUCUCCAGUCUUCAUGUCUCCAGUUUCUCCUCUGUGUCUCUCAGUCGUUGACGCCCAGACCAGGUUAGUCGGUCCAUCACGGUGUUCUGGGAGGGUGGAGGUCUUCCACGAUGGAGUCUGGGGGACGGUGUGUGAUGACAGCUGGGACCUGACCGACGCUGCGGUGGUCUGCAGGGAGCUGGACUGCGACCUCCCACAGAGAGCCCUCAUGGUCGCCUACUUUGGUGAAGGAACCGACCCGAUCUGGCUGGACGACGUGUCCUGCUCCGGAACCGAGAGCAGCUUGGCUGAUUGUCCCCACAACGGAUUUGGACACCAUAACUGUGGACAUGGAGAAGACGCCGGUGUCAUCUGUGAAAGAAUCUUUAGGAAGGUGGUGAGACUGAAGGUUCUGCAGGAUUCCUUUCUGGACCUGAGCGACCCGGCGGUGCUGGACGAGUUUCUGAACCAGCUGAAAGAGAAGCUGCAGGAGCUGAACGAACACGUGGAACUGAGCUGGAUGACUUCAGAUGGAAACAUCUUCAAAAAGGAUGAAGGACAAAACUGAAGAGCAGAAUAAAGUCCCAGUUCGUUUCCUGACUGAUUUGUGUUUGUAACCAUCAGAUGCUGUUGCAUAAUUAAAGUUCCUUCCAACCUGAACUUCACAUAAAAUCAGUAAAUUAAAACAUAACAUGACCAAAUAUUGAAUAUUUUAGAGUGAAGCUCUGAAAUGUAAUGAUUAAGAUCCAACUGAAGGCUGUAAACCAACCCUAACCCUGAGUACGAACAGCAGGUUGACUUCUUCCACUCCAUCCUCCUCAUCCUCAUCAAACUGCAACACAAACAUCAAACUGGCAUUUAUAUUACAAUAAAAAGUCAUUAUUUACCAUUUAAGCAAUAUUGAGGAUGCCACAAGGAACAGGCGAGGAGGAGUUCCAGGCGAAGAUCCGUCUGUUUGGGUUUGAAUAUGUUUUAAUGAACUGCUGAUGAUCUGCUUGGUUCUGAUCCUGGUUCUGAUCCAAGCAGACUCUUGAUACUCUGAUCAUCUUGUAAUCACAAACAUAUAACGGACAUUUUAUCACUUCAUGCCUUCAAGUUCAGUUAUUUCCUGUUACAUGAUGCAGACCUGACAGCUGGUUCAGAAUCAUAAGCAGAAAUUUAUCAUGAAGGUUAUUAAUGACAUGUAAACGAGCUGAGC